UUUCUUUCCUCCUCAAAAUGUGACAAAAAUGCAGCAACCAUGACGGAUUCAAAUGAAUUCCGAGAGCGAGGAAAGGAAAUGGUUAACUACAUAGCAGGCUACAUAGACAGCAUUGAAAAAAGACCGCCCCUAGCACAGGUAGAACCUGGAUACCUCAGCAAACUGAUUCCCAAUUCAGCACCACAGAAGCCUGACCAAUGGGAAGACAUUAUGAAAGAUGUCGAGCAAGCCAUCAUGCCAGGAGUAACCCACUGGGAUAGUCCCAAUUUCCACGCUUAUUAUCCAACUGGUAAUUCUUUCCCAUCAAUUCUCGGAGACAUGCUGAGUGAUGUCAUUGGAUGCAUUGGAUUCACUUGGAUUGCCAGUCCAGCGUGCACAGAGCUUGAAACGAUUGUAAUGGAUUGGUUGGGGAAGAUGGUUGGUUUACCAGAUGAGUUCUUGGAUGAGGGUGUUGGCAAGGGAGGCGGAGUGAUACAGGGUACAGCUAGUGAGUCCACGUUGGUGUCACUUCUAGCGGCCAAAAUGAAGCGAAUUCGCCAGGUACUUGAGGAGGACCCAGACAAAAACAAAGACGAGUAUGAUGUUUUGCCAAAGCUAGUGGCAUAUACUUCGGAUCAGGCACAUUCAUCAGUUGAACGAGCAGCACUGAUUGGCUCGAUCAGAAUGAGAAGCCUGCCAUCAGAUGAUGAGAAUGCUUUCCGAGGAGAGGCAUUACAGAAAGCAAUAGCAGAAGACAAAGCCAAGGGCUUGAUACCUUUUUUUGUUUGUGCUACACUAGGAACCACAGGAUGCUGUGCCUUUGACAAUUUAACAGAACUUGGAGAAAUUUGUGAGAAAGAAAAUAUUUGGAUGCAUGUGGAUGCUGCUUAUGCAGGUACAGCUUUCAUCUGUCCAGAAUUCAGAUAUCUUAUGAAAGGCAUCCAAUAUGCCACUUCAUUCAAUUUUAACCCCCACAAAAUGAUGCGAGUGAACUUUGACUGUUCCGCAUUGUGGGUAAAGGAUGAGGCCGAUAUUGUGCAUGCCUUUCACGUUGACCCUUUCUACCUCAAACACAAACACCAAGGAGUUGUGAAAGAUUAUAGGCACUGGCAGAUUCCUCUGGGACGGCGUUUCCGAUCGUUGAAACUCUGGUUUGUUCUUCGCAUGUUUGGAAUUGAGCGGCUACAGGACCAUGUUAGGAAACAAGUGCAGUUGGCCCAUGAAUUUGAGAAGCUAGUUCUGUCGGAUUCUCGUUUUGAGAUUGUGAGCCGUGUAAUUCUAGGCUUGGUGAGCUUCAGACUAAAGGUUUCAGAUGAACAAAAUGAGAAAUUACUAAAAGCGAUCAACGACAGUGGUAAGAUACAUAUGGUGGCAGCGAACCUGAAGGGUCAAUUUCAACUGAGGUUUGUCAUCUGUUCCGCCUCAACAGAGCUAAAGCAUGUGCAAUUUGCUUGGGAGGUUAUUCAGGGACUCACUGACAGUCUAGAAAACAAAGAGGGCAGUGUUCAUAAUUUGAAUGGCGCUAAUUCCUAGUGUUUCCAAUGUAAAUUUAUUUUAAACUUAUUUUCACUUUAUACUACUUGUUCUUCCAACAGGACUCAAGUAACAUUAGGUGAAAAAAAAUUAGUUUAAUUUAUGUUACUUAAACCUUGUCGAAAAUACACUCCAAAUUUAUUAAAUAAACCAUAUACAGUGUUUAAUACCACUGGUGUUGUGAAAACCUCAAGAAUUUAUGAAGUUAUAAAAUAGAAAUAAUUAAAUAGUACUGUAUGUAUGUGUGCUCUAUUUUUACCGGUAUAUGUAAUGUGAAAUGUAAAUGUAAGUUUGUUUUAAUGACUAGUAAAUAUAGAGAUGCAAUUUUGUAUCUACCAUCAUUUAUACCAUGCCAUUUCCAAAGGAUUCAUAGGUCCAAGUUGUCAGAAAAACAAGAUCGAAUUUAUCAAGCUAUAAAAUCAAAAUAUAAAUAAUUAAAUAGUACUGUAUGUAUGUAUGUGCUAUACCAGGGACGUAUCCAGGGGGAGGGGGAGAGCCCUGGGAGCUGCGGCUCCCCCUUUGUACACAGUGUUAAAAUUUGAAAGCUUGUUCUUGAACCAAUUCAAAUUCUUUCUGGGAUCGCUUAAAAUGAAUACUUCGAAAGCAUAUAAAUAUGCAUCAGUACACGUUAUACAUAGGCCUAAUAGGACACAUAGGCCUAAGCGUGAUUAAAAAAAUCUUAAAUCCAUAAAUCUAAGGCCAGUUUUUUAAGAUAUAGAAAUGUGAUACUUUAUGGUUCAGUUUCGUUUUUAUCCUUUUGCAAGUUUCUUUAAAGUUUUGUUUAAUAAUACUACUGUACUAUGUAUUCAAAUACCUAUUUUAGAAUAAAUUAGAGCAACGAUAUUAAACUAAGCAUUUGACCUUAGACUGUUUGAGGAACUAGAAUUUGAAUUACGUAACUUUAACCUGCCAACAAGUUACAACAUUACUAUGUAUUCAGAUACCUAUUUAGAAUGAAUUAACUCUAAUGUGCAUAAGUUAUAGGCAAAGGUAUAUAAACCUCAGGAUAUCUGAAUUCGGUUUAUUUGUUUUGUUACACUGAAGAUGUCGUAUUGAAUACGAAGAAAUAUGUCUGGUUCUAUUAAAAGUAUUUUUGUUGCUCUUAAA